AUAUUAAGGUGGUUGAAGCAAGCACAACAGAAUUCUCGCAUUUGGUUGUGAUAUAAUGGUACAAUUGUAUAGUAAUCCGCAAAAUAGUUGAGAGAUAAAGCUGAAUGCAGAAAGCAUGAGAUUUCAAGGCCGCCAGACACUUCUCCUGUGCUACUGUACCACCUAUAUGCCUGCCUCCACUUCAUCUCUCUCCAAAACCUUCAAUUACUUGCAAUCCAUACACAUACCUGCAUCCAAUCGCAGAUCACAGCAAUGGAGGUAGCGAAAGGCGUCCGAUCUGCGGUGAGGAUCAACGGCGGCGCGGAUCAGCACCGCGCGGCGGCGUCGGACUUGGAAUCGGUGUGCGAGAAGGUGAGCGCGCUCGUCUCCGGCAACGCGGUGGUCGUCUUCACCAUCAGCGGCUGCUGCAUGUGCCACGUCGUCAAGCAGCUCCUCUUCGGCCUCGGCGUCGGACCUACCGUCGUCGAGCUCGACCGCGACGCCUCCGGCGGCCAGAUCCUCUCGCUGCUGCACCGCCUCUCCGGCAGCGGCGGAGGAAAGGCCGUUCCGGCGGUCUUCGUCGGCGGAAAGUUCCUCGGCGGGAUCGAGACGGUUAUGGCCUGCCACAUCAGCGGAUCGCUCGUUCCGCUCCUCAAAAACGCCGGUGCUCUCUGGCUCUGAUUUCUCCUCCUUACUUUAACUAACUGCUUUAACCUAUUUCUGUUUCUGAGAUAUGCGAGCCCUACCUCUCAAUGCAAGCCAUACCUCUCAAUUCAUCAUCACAUACGCAUGGAGAGAUUUCAUUUUCUGUUUCUGAGAUUUGCGACAUAUUUCAUGUACAUAAAUUAUGCUAUGUUACCAGAAACUCUAUCAUAAAAACUGAAUUAAUUAUCAUA